AUGGUCUCAUUACAAACACAGCCGUCCGGCCUCAGCGGCCACGGCAAGCUCACCAAGUCGCGCAGCCGCAUCGUCGUCAAGCCCAUCCUCAAGAGACUGCACCACGUCCACUCACACCACUCGGAGCGCAACUCACUGGACCUCAACCGCGGCUGGGACGACCAGCCCGUGGCCACCACGCCCGACGUCGAGUACGGCUCCUUCGACUUUGGAUCGCGCGACCUGGACGACCUGACCACCGAGAACCGACGAAACACCUACGGCUCCUACACAGCCGCACCAGCCGGCGGCGCAAAGGCAAAGGCAAAGCUGUCGCUCUCGCGCGACGUCAGCUUCAGCGGCGAGCUGGUCAGCCCGCCUGGCCUGGGCCGCGCAAACACCUUCUCGGGCUCACAUACACGCACAACCAGCGGCGGCGCCUCCAGCAAGCCCACGGCCAACCGCGUCGGCUCCUUUGUCCACCCCUUCCAGCAGAUGCCCCGGACGUCGACGCCGCCGCUGCACUCGUACGCCAACUCGGUGUCGUCGCUCGACGGCGGCCUGCCGCAGCAGCGCGACCUGACCGGCGCCAUUGCCGAGAGCGACGGCGACGAGGACCACCGCCAGCUGGACGCCGAUGAGCCGCUGGCUUCCCCUGCCUCGCUGUCCUUUGGCCAGACCGAGCCCGUCUCGCCCGCUGCCACCGCCACCAAGAAGCUCUCGUACUCGUCCAGCCUGCGCUCCAACUCGCCCAGCUCCAAGCCCGCGGACCGCCCGUCGCUCUCUGGCAGCCAGCGCAGCAGCUCAGAUGGCCCGUCCUCGGUCAAGAUCAGCACCACGCGCUCCAACUCGGGCCCUUCUGUGCAACGUCUCGCAAGCGCUGUGAAUCAGUCCGCAAACGACGCCUCCUCAUCCGCCGCCGCCGCCGCCGCCGCCGUGCCUCUGCUCAUCUCCACUACCCAGCAGAAGUCGGCCUCCAAUCCCAUCACCUCCACAUCGCCCAUCUCCCCCUUCCGCACCUCCCUCGACAUGAACGGCUUCCGCCUCCGCUCGCGCAGCGAGAUGGACACCGUCAGCCGCCAGGAGCAGGUCCGCGAGGCCCGCCGCAAGUUCGAGGCCAAGGAGCGAGAAAAGGAAGAAAAGUACGCCCGGGAGCAGAUCCGCAAGCGGGAGCGCGCCGACGCAAAGGAGGCGCAAAAGACGGAGCGCGCGCAGGCUUCGAAGCGAAAAACCAGCUUUGGACACACCAGCACGCUUUCCAGCGCCAGGAACUCGUCCAGCGUCCGCGAGAAGAACGAGUCGGAGCCCCUCAAUGGUGGUGACCGUGCCGCGGACGAGCAAUUCCAGGCCCCCUCGCGGAGUAAGACGGCUAAACGCAGGACAAACAGCCUGUGGACGGCCUUUAUUCUUUGGCUGCGAACCCGCCUUCUUAAGCUGGCCAGGCGAUCAUAG